GACCGUGCGCCGGGAGGGCCACCGGAGGCGACCCGCGGCUGGAGAUCGCAGGAGAGGGGAGUGCGACACUCGCUGGCUGGGGAAAUCGGCGCUCGGCCGGGUGAGCGUGAGUCUGGGAGAUGGCAGUGAUGGAAAUGGCCUGCCCAGGAGCCCCUGGCUCGGCAGCUGGGCAGCAGAAGGAGCUUGCCAAAGCCAAGGAGAAGGUGCAGACAUUGGAGAAGAAGCAAAGCUCAGUCUACAAGCUUGAGGCUGUGGAGAAGAGCCCAGUGUUCUGCGGGAAAUGGGAGAUCCUAAACGACGUGAUUACCAAAGGCACAGCCAAGGAAGGAUCCGAAGGAGGGCUGGCCGCCAUCUCUAUCAUCGCCCAAGCCGAAUGUGAGAAUAGCCAAGAGUUCAGCCCUACCUUUUCAGAACGAAUUUUCAUCGCUGGGUCGAAACAGUUCAGCCAAUCCGAUUGUCUUGAUCAAAUCCCCAACAAUGUGGCCCAUGCAACUGAGGGCAAAAUGGCCCCUGUGUGUUGGAAGGGAAAGCGCCGCUCCAAAGCCCGGAAGAAACGGAAGAAGAGCUCGAAGACCCUGACUCCGGCCGGAGUGGCCUUGGCCAAACCUCUUCCCAGAACCCCCGAGCAGGAGAGCUGCGCAGUCCCAGUGCAGGAGGAUGAGUCUCCGCUAGACGCCCCCUAUGUUAGAAGCACCCCCCAGUUCACCAAGCCUCUGAAGGAGCCAGGCCUUGGCCAAUUGUGCUUUAAGAAACUGGAAGAAGGCCUGAAGCCAGCACUGCCUCGCUCGGAACUCCACAAACUCAUCAGCCCCCUGCAAUGUCUGAACCACGUGUGGAAACUCCACCAUCCCCAGGACAUGGGUCCCCUGCCCCAGCCCGCUCACCCCUUCCCCUACAGCAGACUGCCCCAUCCUUUCCCCUUCCACCCACUCCAGCCCUGGAAACCUGCCCCCCUGGAGUCCUUCCUCCUGAAGAAACUUGCAUGUGUAGACAGCCAGCAGCCCCUGCCCGGCCCGCGCCUGGGUAAACUGGAACAUGUAGACUAUCAGCAGCCCCUGCCUGGCCCGCGCCUGGAGCCCAGCGGCCCGGCCCGUGGCACCUACGAGAAGUUUUCUGUGGAAGAAUACCUGGUACAUGCCCUGCAGGGCAGCGUGAGCUCAGGCCAGGCCCACAGCCUGGCCAGCCUGGCCAAGACCUGGUCGGCAGGAGGCCCCAAGCCCCAGGAGCCCAGCCCCAAAACGGAGACCGAGGACAGCGAGGGGGUCCUGCUAACUGAGAAACUCAAGCCGGUGGAUUAUGAGUACCAAGAGGAGGUCCACUGGGCCACGUGCCAGCCCUGCCUUGGCAGAGGCUCCUUUGGAGAGGUACACAGGAUGGAGGACAAGCAGACUGGCUUCCAGUGUGCUGUCAAAAAGGUGCGGGUAGAUGUUUUUCGGGCAGAGGAGUUGAUGGCAUGUGCAGGAUUGACCUCGCCCAGAAUUGUCCCUUUGUAUGGAGCUGUGAAGGAAGGUCCUUGGAUCAACAUUUUCAUGGAACUGCUGGAAGGUGGUUCACUGGGCCAGCUCAUAAAGCAGAAGGGCUGUCUGCCAGAGGACCGGGCCCUCUUCUACCUGGGCCAGGCCCUGGAGGGGUUGGAAUAUCUCCACAAGCGAAGGAUUCUACACGGAGAUGUAAAAGCUGACAACGUGCUCCUGUCCAGCGACGGGAGCCACGCGGCCCUCUGUGACUUUGGCCAUGCUGUGUGCCUUCAACCCGAUGGCCUGGGGAAGUCCUUGCUCACAGGGGACUACAUCCCUGGCACAGAGACCCACAUGGCUCCAGAGGUGGUGACGGGCAAGCCCUGUGACACCAAGGUAGACGUCUGGAGCAGCUGCUGCAUGAUGCUGCACAUGCUCAACGGCUGCCACCCUUGGACACAGUACUUCCGAGGGCCGCUCUGCCUUAAGAUUGCCAGCGAGCCCCCACCUGUGAGGGAGAUCCCACCUUCCUGUACCCCCCUCACAGCUCAGGCUAUCCAAGAGGGGCUGAGGAAGGAGCCUGUCCACAGAGCAUCUGCACUAGAGCUGAGGGGAAAGGUCAGCCUGGCGCUGCAACAAGUGGGAGGUCUAAAGAGCCCUUGGAGGGGAGAAUAUAAAGAACCCAGACAUCCGCCGCCAAACCAAGCAAACCAUCACCAGAGCCUCCAUGCCCAGCCAAGGGAGCUCUCGCCAGGGGCACCAGGGGUGCCAGGGCCCCAGCCCACCGAGGACACACCACGCGAGGCCCCUAAGCUCCAGCCUCUUCUACCACCUGAGCCCCCAGAGCGGAACAAGUCUCCAGCCCUGAACCUGAGCAAGGAGGAGUCUGGGACGUGGGAACACUUGCCUCUGUCCUCUCUGGAGCCAGCCCCCGCCAAACCCCCCAGCUCACCAGAGCGGAGAGCAGCCUUCCCGGAGCAGGAGCUACAGCAGCUGGAAAUAGAAUUGUUUCUGAACAGCCUGUCCCAGCCUUUCUCUCUGGAGGAACAGGAGCAAAUCCUCUCGUGCCUCAGUGUUGACAGCCUCUCCCUGUCAGAAGACAGUGAGAAGAACCCGUCAAAGGCCUCUCAGAGCUCGCGGGACACCCUGAGUUCUGGCGUGCACUCAUGGGGCAGCCAGGCAGAGGCUCGCAGCUCCAGCUGGAACAUGGUGCUGGCCCGGGGACGGCCCACAGACACCCCAGACUAUUUCAAUGGUGUGAAAAUCCAAAUACAGUCUCUCAAUGGGGAACACCUGCACAUCCGGGAGUUCCACCGGGUCAAGGUGGGAGACAUCGCAACUGGCAUCAGCAGCCAGAUCCCAGCCGCAGCCUUCAGCUUGGUGACGAAGGACGGGCAGCCCGUGCGCUAUGACAUGGAGGUGCCAGAUUCGGGCAUCGAUUUGCAGUGCACCCUGGCCCCUGAUGGCAGUUUUGCCUGGAGCUGGAGGGUCAAGCAUGGCCAGCUGGAGAACAGGCCCUAGUCCUGCCUCUUGCCACCAACUCCGCUCUGCCACAAGCAGCCUGCCUUCUCGGAGGUUCGAUGUCGCCCUGAACCACAGGCUCAGCCUGCUCUCAGGGAUCUGCCGUCCCCUGGCCCAGUGGUGGGACCAGGGGCUGGCGGCAGCAAAGCAGGGGCUAGCAAAAUGCCUCCAGGAUUUCCCACCUGAGUCCUGCCUGACCCUGCUGAGAGAAUACUGUGUCCACGUGAGGAGGAGGAAGGCAGGAGCACUCUUCCUCUGGGAAUGAAGAGGGUCUUUUCUGCCUUUGGCCAAACAAGCUGGCCUGACUCACUUGGAGCAGUGACCACUUGUUGGCAGACAGAGGAGGGCAGCUUCCAACCUGGGUCAGGAAGGUGGGCAAGGCCCUGUCUCUUGACCUCCAGUCGGGUGAGAGGGUGUCAGGUGUCAAAGGGCCUGCCCUCGGGUCCAGUACAGGAUGUGUAUUCCCGUGGGCUAAUGGGAAGCCUCUGGCCCUCUCGCCUGCCCAUUGCUGGCCAUCCAACCCCCUUUUAGUUCUAGGAACUAUUCAGGUGGAGUUGAAGGACAGGGAUUCCUGACACUGUGAAGUCUCCCUCAGAGGAUACACCACCCUUUCCAGGUGGUUGCAACAGGGUCCUGAGUUGAACUCGGCUUCAACCAAGGAUUGGAGAAGGUGUUUAAGCAAAAUGGUUCUCAGUCCCCAGGCGUGUGCCCCCUGUGCUGCUCGCCAGCACUGUUCCUCAGAGCAGCAGGCCCAGCCUUCGGUCCCGUCACCUGUACAAGUGAAGGGUGAUGUGAGACCCACCUGACAGUAGUGGUCUGAGGACGGGUGUGACAGAUGCAAAAGCAGCAGACGUAGGCCCUCUUGUCACCUAGGCCCCAGCUUUGAACAUCCAGCACCGCAGCUUCCCCGAGAAGCCCACUCAGUCAUCACUCACACUGACCCUGCCCUGCCCCAAUCUGCAGGGGCACUGCCAGCUGUACUUUGCACUCCAGUGGCCUCAAAGCACUUUCUUGGCUGCCCUCCAGGAGGACAGGUCAAUGGCUCCACAUGAGCACAAGUAAUGACAAGGCCCCAAGUGAACCAGGAGAUGGAGAGAAGGGACUCAAGCCUUGAGCUAUACUCACAUGAUCCCUCAAACCUCCAGGUUUCUUUAAGACGAGCCCCCCCACCCCCUAGUCAACCCUUCCCCAUUUCCCCAGCCCAGCCUCUUUGGGGAGAGCCAAUCAAGACUCAUGUAGCAUUAACUAAACUGUGAAUCACUGGGGAGACAGCAUCUUCCUGGGUCCUGAAGUUUGUCCCUACGUCUUGCCAAGGUGACCUCUGAUCCAGCCAUUCACAUCGAGCCAUACUGCUCCCCAGGGAGAGACCCUGCUCCAAACACACGAAGAAUUGCAGCCUUGGUACUACAGAGUUUGGCUUCUAGAGAACUCUUUGUAAGCAAUAAAGUUUGGGGUGAUGACAA